UGUAUCCACGCACGAGACCAGCGCUCCGGAACGAGAAACCGGGAAUAGGGAAAGUUUUUGUGUAUAACUUGUGCUAAAAGUAUCAUCUCAAAACAGCGAAAUGUUCCGUUUGCCAACAGUCUUGCGUGUUGCUGCCGCCCGACAGGUCGCUGCCAGCCGUGGCUACGCUAAGGAUGUACGCUUUGGGCCUGAAGUACGUGCCCUAAUGCUGCAGGGUGUCGAUGUGCUAGCAGAUGCCGUUGCCGUCACGAUGGGACCAAAGGGACGUAACGUCAUCCUGGAACAAAGCUGGGGCUCGCCCAAAAUCACCAAGGACGGUGUAACGGUGGCGAAGGGCAUCGAGCUAAAGUGCAAGUUCCAGAACAUUGGCGCCAAGUUGGUGCAGGAUGUGGCGAACAACACGAACGAGGAGGCCGGUGACGGUACCACGACCGCUACCGUGCUGGCCCGCGCUAUCGCCAAGGAGGGCUUCGAGAAGAUCUCGAAGGGUGCCAACCCGGUCGAGAUCCGGCGCGGUGUGAUGCUGGCCGUCGACACGGUGAAGGAGCACCUGAAGACACUGUCGCGCAAGGUGAACACGCCCGAGGAGAUUGCCCAGGUGGCAACGAUUUCCGCGAACGGUGACCGCGCGAUCGGGGAUCUGAUCAGCGAGGCAAUGAAGCGCGUCGGCAAGGAGGGUGUGAUUACGGUGAAGGACGGCAAGACGCUGAACGACGAGCUGGAGGUGAUCGAGGGCAUGAAGUUCGACCGGGGCUACAUCUCGCCGUACUUCAUCAACUCGAGCAAGGGCGCCAAGGUCGAGUUCCAGGACGCGCUCGUGCUGUUCUCGGAGAAGAAGAUCUCAACGGUGCAGUCGAUCAUUCCCGCGCUGGAGAUGGCGAACCAGCAGCGCAAGCCGCUGGUCAUCAUUGCGGAGGACGUGGACGGCGAGGCGCUCAGCACGCUGGUGGUGAACCGGCUGAAGAUUGGCCUGCAGGUGGCCGCGGUAAAGGCGCCCGGCUUCGGCGACAACCGCAAGUCGACGUUGUCCGAUAUGGCCAUCAGCACCGGCGGCAUCGUGUUUGGCGAUGAUGCGAAUCUGGUCAAGCUGGAGGAUGUGCAGCUGUCCGAUCUCGGCCAGGUGGGCGAGAUCACGAUCACCAAGGACGAUUGUCUGCUGCUGAAGGGGCGCGGCAAGCAGGAGGACGUGAACCGCCGGGCGGACCAGAUUCGGGACCAGAUCGCGGAAACGACGUCCGAGUACGAGAAGGAAAAGCUGCAGGAGCGUCUCGCACGCCUGUCGUCCGGUGUGGCCGUGCUGAAGGUUGGUGGUUCGAGCGAGGUGGAGGUGAACGAAAAGAAGGACCGCGUGAACGAUGCUCUGUGCGCAACCCGAGCCGCCGUCGAGGAAGGCAUCGUGCCCGGUGGUGGUACCGCGCUCAUCCGCUGCGCACCAGCCCUGGCCAACCUGAAGGGAGCGAACGAGGACCAGAACACGGGCAUCGAGAUUGUGCGUCGUGCGCUGCGCAUGCCGUGCACACAGAUCGCCAAGAAUGCCGGCGUCGAUGGGUCGGUGGUGGUGGCGAAGGUGGAGGAGCUGAAGGGCGACUUCGGAUACGAUGCGCUCAACAACGAGUAUGUGAACAUGAUCGAGAAGGGCAUCAUCGAUCCGACCAAGGUCGUCCGGACGGCGCUGUCCGAUGCGUCCGGCGUUGCGUCGCUGCUCACCACGGCCGAAGCGGUUGUGACGGAGAUCCCGAAGGAGGAACCGGCCGGCCCGAUGGGUGGUAUGGGAGGAAUGGGCGGUAUGGGAGGCAUGGGAGGCAUGGGCGGUAUGAUGUAAGAUAGCUCCCCAGGUCCAAACCUAUCCUUACUGUAGAAAGAGAGAGAGAGAGAGAAAGAGAGAGAGAGAGAGAGAG